GCUUUAGGGUGAGCAAUUGUGUGACUUUUCCCCCUUGCAAUUCUGACCAGGUCCUUCUGGGGGGGUUCUCUAGCCUCCGCGCACUCUGAGUGCACCUGGCGCGACUCCUUUUCCCCCCUACCUGUUGCAAGUCUUUAAUCUUUGCAAUUGGGACUUGCUCGCAGGCACCUCGAUCCUCCUUCUCUCCCCACAUUUUGCAAGUGUCUGGGGGAGGGCAUCUGCUCUACCUGCCAAAGAUUUAAAAAAAAAAAAAAAUCUCCGGACGCCCUCUUGGCACCUUUCUCUUCUCCCCGCACUCUCGCUCUCCUGCCCCGCCCCGAAGUAAAGGGAGACUCUGAGAAGAUGGUGCUCACCACGGUCCUCCUGCUGCUGGCCGCCUAUGCGGGGCCGACCCAGGGCCUGGGCUCCUUCGUGCACUGUGAGCCCUGCGACGAGAAAUCUCUCUCCAUGUGCCCCCCCAGCCCUCUGGGCUGUGAGCUGGUCAAGGAACCAGGCUGCGGCUGCUGCAUGACUUGCGCCCUGGCAGAGGGGCAGUCGUGCGGCGUCUACACUGAGCGCUGCGCCCAAGGGUUGCGCUGCCUCCCCCGGCAAGAUGAGGAGAAGCCGCUGCACGCCCUGCUGCACGGCCGCGGGGUUUGCCUCAACGAAAAGAGCUACCGCGAGCAAGCCAAGAUCGAGAGAGACUCUCGUGAGCAUGAGGAGCCCACCACCUCCGAGAUGGCCGAGGAGACCUACUCCCCCAAGAUCUUCCGACCCAAACACACCCGCAUCUCCGAGCUGAAGGCCGAGGCAGUGAAGAAGGACCGCAGAAAGAAGCUGACCCAGUCCAAGUUCGUCGGGGGAGCCGAGAACACCGCCCACCCCCGGGUCAUUGCUGCCCCUGAGAUGAGGCAGGAAUCGGAGCAGGGCCCCUGCCGCAGACACAUGGAGGCCUCCCUGCAGGAGCUCAAAGCCAGCCCACGCAUGGUGCCCCGGGCCGUGUACCUGCCCAACUGUGACCGCAAAGGGUUCUACAAGAGAAAGCAGUGCAAGCCUUCCCGUGGCCGCAAACGCGGCAUCUGCUGGUGCGUGGACAAGUACGGGAUGAAGCUGCCCGGCAUGGAGUACGUGGACGGCGACUUCCAGUGCCACGCCUUCGACAGCAGCAACAUCGAGUGAUGCGUCCCUUCCCCAUCCUUCCCUGGUCCCCUCCCACCCCCAGCCCUGACUCCGGCCAGCGCCUCCCUCCACCCCAGGACGCCACUCAUUUCAUCUCAUUUAAGGGAAAAAAAAUAUAUAUAUAUAUACUUUUUUUGAGGAAA